UCAAAAGUUAGCUGAUUGCAAAAUUUUACUGACCGAAUUGUGUUUGGCUAGUCUAUUUUGGGGGGAAAUUUUGGUAUUUUCUGCAAAAUUUCCAACGAAAUGGUUUCAUUAUGUCCAACGGUUGCUAGGUGCCUCAACUAAGAAAGGUUUAAAUUAAACGGAACCAGACAAAAAGACAGCUCAAAGGUGGAAAAUUUUGCAGCAAUCUGCUGCGACGUUGCUUGUUUAUAGUCGGCUGUGUUUUCUUCGGAUUGAUCAGGAUUUGUUCGAAGUUCUGCUCGGGAAUGGACAAUUGCCAUAAUUAUGCCACAACCUCAAAGAAGCGGAGAAUGCCCAUCUCAGACGAUAUUCACAUCAUUAUUAAGAAGUUCCGAGACAAGGAUAAGCACGAUGAAAAACCUUCUACUUCCGGUGAUCAUGAUUACGAUGACGAGCAUAGCAUGGAUUCGGAAGAGCUCAAACGUAUUCGUCAGCAGGAGCCAUCAUCUUCCUGUGUGGUAGCGAGCUCUUCGUCUUGUAUCAGCAGUGGUGCACUUGGACCAGGAGGUACUCUGGUGGGUGCUACAGGAAUAACUGUAGGCACAAGCGGUUUAACGGUUCAGCAACCGGUUUCCUCUCAAUCGGAUGACAUAAAACUGAUUCUGAAGAAACUAACCAACAUCGAAGAUCUGCUGAAGGUAGUCGCCGAGCAGAGCUUUAACCGACUGGCGGCCCUGAAGCAGGAAGCAUCAGGGGCUACUUCAACCGCUACAGCGGCUAACCUCGGACUUAUUGCAGCGGAAUCGAGCUGCAUCAACGUAGAGUCUAUGUUCAGGUUCCCCCUGCGGACAUUGAAGGAGUUAAUCGAACUGAACAAGGGCAUCUGCAGCGAUGAGAGCUUGUACAACAAACUGUUCGAGUAUCUGACCAAAAUCAAACUAGAAUGUGAUGAAAACAUCGUGAUGAAUGCCCUCGGCACGAUAGUCAGCGACGAAGUGCUCGACGCGGUCACCUGGGACGGUGGAAAGAAAUUUAAACUAUCUUCGUUGGUGAUUUUCAGCGAUUCUCUUUACGUGGCCUGGUUCAAAGAUCGGCUCAAGUACGAUGAGUACGUGGCAGAAAUGAAGGACGCCAUCGAAAAGUCGCAUAAACGGUACGCCAAGACAAAAGCGAAAAAGUCGUCCCAGCAGCAACAGCAGCACCAAACACUCACCCUAACGACGGCCACAGGUACCACAACGGCCACGGUUGUAAGCGAUGGUGGCCAGCUGUUUCUGUCGUAGUUUCGCUCUACCACAUUCCUGCCACUACUGGCAGGACGAGGUAGGUUACUUUUUCUUCGAUUGUUCCGAUGUGUUAAUGUUUUACGCAAGCUGAUACCAUCAGUACGGCACAGAGUAAUUGCACCCUUUCCUUUUGUAUCCGUUUAUCUCGUACUGUUUUGUUGAUGAAAUUUGAAUCCAAAAGAAAUUUUAGUGACACUUGAAAAUUACCUUUGAAAAAAAGCAGACGAUAAAAUAAGUUGCUAACACUAAACAUUAUAGCCGAGUGUGAUCGAUUACAUAAUAAAUGCAAAGUACUAAUGGUUUUGAAAACAAGCAUACAAAAAUACAUAGCAAGUAAUGAAAGUUA